AAGUAAGGCUUUAUUACUUCUGAGCCAAUAACUUUAUAUCUUACAUACUCUAAAGUCAGUCCAUAAUAAUAAUAAGAGGAAAUAUUAUUAUUAUUAGAAAUAAUAAUAAUAUUUCCUAUUAUUCUUCUUCUUAUGUAUGUAGAACACAUUGUGUUUUUGAGUGAGGCAGCAUGUAUAACACAAUAUAUUUUGAAUAUUUGAUGUCAGGUAAGCCACGUAAGAUUACAAGACUACAGUAUAUAUGUCACAGUCUCAGCAUCGUUGUCUGGUUUCCUGUUUUAUUUUGUCCACUUCCUGUUUAGUUCCUGGUCUGCUCUGGUUCCCUCCUGUCUCCCUCUCCAUUCUUAUGAUUCAUCAGCUGUAGUCAAUCAGUAAUCAGUCAGGUAUUUAAACUCCAGUACUCACCACACUUGCUGCCAGAUUGUUAGUUCAUGUACCCAUGCCUACUCUUCAGCGUUCAUCAGUAAGUCCGGCUGUGUACCAGUUCUCUGACCUCUGUCUUGUCCCUGCCUGUACCUUCGCUGGAGUGUGUGGAUGUUCUGUGUACUGACCUCCGCCUGCCUGAUGACGCUCAAAAUAAAUCCCUUCAAGUCAAGUUCUGUCUGUGCUGUGCGUUUGGGUCUAUAUAAAACACUGCAGGUUUUGUCAGUGUCUUCAGUUUUCACUUUACUCCGCUUGCUUCUUACCAAGAAACACUAAGAAAAUUCAUUCUAGUUGUCUGUCACAUGUAGAGAACUUUUUCUGGUGUUUUUCAACAUUUGCACUUUCUAUGUAAAUAUAUAAUGCACUAUAUGUGCUUUGGUUUGAAUAUAGUAAUACAUAAGAUGUCACUCCCCUUUAUACACCCCAGAGCUCCAAAUCUGAAUAUGUAUCAGUUAGUUUGGUGAGGCGGUGACCUACUGGGGCACAGGGUUAGUAAUGCAAUUGCUUCAUUGGAGAGUUGUAUGUUGUGUGAUUUUAAGUUAAUAAUUAAUGAACGCAAUAUUAUUGCUAACUGAGUAAAAAAGGCAGAGGCCCUUGGCUCAGGACUGAGCCAAGAUCCUGUAGGACUUCUAGAUACAGACUGACAAACUGGUAAUGACCAACCAACCGACCCAACUUAGUAGUGGUGGACAAAUAAGAGAACAAGGCUGUAGGGAUAGAUGUAGCAAUCCCAGGUGAUAGCAACAUCAGGAAGAAGGAGCACAAGAAGAUCCAGAAGUAGCAAGGGCUAAAAGUAGAGAUAAAGAAGAUGUGGAGGGUGAGGGCACAAGUGUUACCCAUGGUGAUAGGAACACUCUGUCCAGAAGAGUGUAGUCCUAGGAACAGCUAAGAUACUGUGCAGGACCCUCAAGCUCCCAGGCCUCUGGUAGAUGACCCGAGCUUGUAGGAGUAAGACCGCCCUAAGGAAAAAGGGGGUGAGUGGGGAAAUUUUAUUUGUGCGUGUGUGUAUACAAACACGGCCCGGAGGAGACCACGCAUGCCCUUGUUCCUGGUCCUGUUUCUUGUGGUGGUCCAAGGAGGACCCCUUCUGCUCAGCUGUCACGGUGUGUCCUAGUGGUCCCCGGGAAGGGGGCUGAGCCAAGAUCGUGUGUCCAAGCAAUCCAGGAGUUGACCAGUCUUUUGUUUUGUGUUUAUUUUUAUUUUAAAACUACUGCUUUCCUAGAGCAACAGUUGUGAGAGCAACAGUUGGUAUGUGGUAACGUUGUUGUUUUUAUAGUCCUUUUCUUGUGUAUCCUUCUUUUGAUGGUGCGUCUUGAGAGAGGCGCACAAGUGCCGUCACUCACACACACACACACACACACACACACACACACACACACACACACACACACACACACACACACACAUAUACAUAUGUAUAUGCACGCACAUCUUCCAUGAAGGCUCGUGGUCAGGCAGGCAAAAGUCGGUACACAGAUUGACAAGAUCAAGGCAACGGUACAGACAGGGAGCAGGCAAGACUAGAUCAAAAUACGAUCCACAAUCGGUACACGGCAGGACUUACAUGACAUGAGCGCUGGAGGGUUGAACAGGUGAAAUGAACAAGUGAAAAACAACGAUCUGGCAGGGAACAAAGCUAAGUGCUGGUGGUUAUAUUCUAAACUAAAGACUGGAUUGAAAACAGCUGUGUGGUCACGUGACAAAAACAUAAAGCAGGAAAAGGCAUGAUGGAACAGAAACCAGGAAUACUACAAAAUGAAACAGGAAAUGCAGGAACCCAGACCCCCCCCACAAAGCCGCCAUCAGCCCCCUAACCGGCAGGGAGGAGGGAGGACAGGAGGAGGGCUUGAGGCACCCUGAACAGGGUGGGCGGAGGGAGGACAGGCGGAGGGCCACCACAAACAAUCCUCAAAACGACCCCUGCAGAAACCAGACAAAACUCAAACAAAAGUCAAAACAGAGUCCAGAGCAAGUGUCCACUUCAUACAAGACACACAAAGUUCAGAUACUCCCUCAAGGAGGGUAGUGGCGAGAAGAGUCUCGGCUCAACAGCCGCUAGGCAGGAAUGACAAACUCAGUGCCCAAGGACAAAACUGUAAUCCUAGGAGGCCGGCGACUGAGCAAGGCGCCUCCAAUGGCCCAACACGAGUGACGACGCCCUCCAGGUGGACGACGCUCCAAGAGGCAGAGAGACCAGGAGCUGAUGCAGACGUGACCAGGACCAGGCCACCAGGAGCUGAUGCAGAUGUGGUCGGUACCAGACCAUCAGGAACCGAGACAGACGUGGUCAAGACCGGACUACCAGGAACCGAUGCAGACGCGGCCGGAGCCGAGCCCCCAGACACCGAUGCGGCCGAGACCGGGACCAGACCACCAGGGACUGCAAAAGCUGCACCUGCACACAGGGAAGCAGAGGACUCAGGGAUCCCGGCGGUCGUACUUGUCCUCGGUCCCCAGGAGGCGGAGGCUGGCGUGCCUUCCCUAGUACCACCAGGGGUGAGAGCAACCAGGCUCCUCUGGGGAACACCAGAACCUCCGGGGAAGACACCUGCACACAAGAAAGCCGAAGGCCCCGGAUCCAGGACCGGAGUGACUCAGUUUGAACCACCAGGACGGGGAACUUGGAUGUCUUCUUCAUGGUCAGCGGGGACUGAGACAGAAGGCGUCUGCUCGGACCCGCCACAGGGAACGGGGCUAUAAAUGGCCUCCCCUUUAGAGCCGAAACAGGACAAAAUGGCCUUCUCUUCGGAGCCAACACAGGGCAGAAUGGCCUCCUCUUCGGAGCCAACACAGGGCAGAAUGGCCUCCUCUUCGGAGCCAAUACUGGGCAGAAUGGCCUCCUCUUCGGAGCCAAUACUGGGUAGAAUGGCCUCCCCUCCUUAGCCAACACUGGGCAGAAUGGAGACCUGGCUUGGCGGAACUGCAGCCAUAGCAGGGGCCAGAUGCGCGUGCUUUCCGGGACUGGGUUGGGGCAGGAACUUGGGUCUGAGCAUCUGCCGCUGGAGCAGUAGGGUUCUUGUAUGGCAGGGACACCGUUGCAGCAGAAGUCCGACAUAGCAGGAGAUCCGGUGCAACCUGGGUCUGACAUGGCGGGAGAGCUGCGGUAGCGGCCAGGCGCCAGGGGCCUGGAACUGGCUGCGGUGCCGGCCAGUUAACAGACUGUGGUUCUGUGGCAGGACCUGGAUGCGAUCCUGUGACUGGAUCUGCCCACGUUUCUGUGACUGGAGCGGGCUGCAAUUCCGUGACGGGCUGCGGCUCUGUGACUGGAGCGGGCUGCGUUUCUGUGAUUGGAGCGGGCUGCGGUACUAAGGCAGGCUGUGGUUCUGUGACUGGAGCGGGGCUGCGGCUCUGUGACUGGAGUGGGCUGCGGUUCUGUGACUGCACCGGUGCAAAAAGUCCUUCCAGAAAACUGGAGUUUGAGCUGGGCAAAUCUCCAGUAUUUCUUUGAGCUGGGCAGGCAGGUGCAGGCUGGGCCUAAGUCUGGCCAGAUCGUACAGUCACGGUUUAAGGUGAAGGACCCACACGCACAUCUUGCAGGAACUCUGGUUAGUCAAGGUUUAUUCAGGCUCGUGGUCAGGCAAGGCAAAAGUCAGUACACAGAUUGACAAGAUCAAGGCAACUGUACAGACGGGGAGCAGGCAAAACUAGAUCAAAAUAUGACCCACAAUCGGUACACGGCAGGACUUACAUGACAUGAGCGCUGGAGGGUUGAACAGGUGAAAUGAACAAGUGAAAAACAACGAUCUGGUGACAAAAACAGAAACGAGGAAUACUACAAAAUAAAACAGGAAUUGCAGGACACAUAUAUACGUACAUCAUAUAUAUUGACAGCAUAGACAUUGGAGUAAUCCAGAGAGUGAAUGUUAGAGGAGGGACUACAGAUUACAGAUUAGAACUACUACUCUAUACAGUAAGUAGGAGCUUUGGUCAGAGCUGCCAGAGCUCAGCAGCUUCUCUCUGAUGAUGAUGGAGGAGGAGGCUGAGCUCUGCUUUCCACAGCUCAACACCUCCUGCUGGAAGACAAAGCGCCCACGCUCUCAUACUCUACUCUUUUACACGGUGCUUUCCUGGAUUUUUCUGCUCACUGUGACUCUCAACCUCCUUGUCAUUGUCUCCAUCUCCCACUUCAGGCAGCUUCGCACCCCCACUAACUUUCUCCUACUCUCUCUGGCUGUGUCAGAUUUCUUCGUGGGCCUUGUUAUGUUGUUUCAAAUUAUGCUCAUCAAUGGCUGCUGGCUUCUGGGUGACCACAUGUGUACCCUUUAUUUUGCUUUAGACUACAUUUCUUCCUGUACUUCAAUAGGAAUCAUGCUGCUUAUAUCAGUGGAUCGUUAUCUUGCCAUCUGUGACCCUCUGCAUUACACGACCAAAGUCACACCUAAAAGAGUUCAUGUCUGUGUUUUGCUGUGUUGGAUCUAUUCUCUCAUCUAUGUCAGCAUAGUGAUGAAUGAUGAUUUUAAACAACCAGGCAGGUUCAAAUCCUGCGAUGGGGAGUGUGUGCUCAAUAACAAUCUCAUUCAUCAGUUUACAGAUUUUAUUUUCAUCUUCCUCAUUCCCAUUACUGUUACUAUGGUUCUGUAUGUCAGAGUAUUUGUGGUGGCUAUGGCUCAGGCUCGUGCUAUGCGGUCUCAUAUUGCAGCCGCCCCACACCUGCGUUCAGUGACUGUAACAGCAAGGAAGUCUGAGAUCAAAGCAGCCAGGACUCUGGGAGUUGUUAUACUUGUGUUUGUUUUAUGCAUUUGCCCAUAUUUUUGCGUCACAGUCACAGGCCAGAAUGCUGUGGUCAGCGCUUACUCAGCCUCUUUCGUUUUAUGUCUUUAUUACUUUAACUCCUGCCUGAACCCGCUGGUUUAUGCUCUUUUUCACCCCUGGUUUAGAAAAUCUAUCAAACUAAUUUUAACACUUCAGAUUCUGAAGCCUGGCUCCUGUGAGGCAAAUAUGCUGCACUGAGACAUAGAAAAGUAAACUGACCUUUUCUGUUAGAGAGACACUAAUAAGAUUUCUGUAAAAUGACAGCUUUGCAUUUUUCUGUUUUACCUUUUAGCUUUUGGAUGUAAAGUGUAUUUAGAGUAAUGGUAAUAUAGUAAUAAAGCAAAGUAACUUUUCAUGCCAUUCCUUUGUAAAACAAAAUAAACUAAGCAUGUUAAAAUAUCAAGGAAUGUGUAUUUAGUGUUUUAUAUACACAAAAAAACCCACCAGCCACGACACCGUGGAUUAUU